AUGUUGUCCUCUCACUCUGCUCCCCGUGGUGUUCUCACUGUUAACGUUAUUGAAGCCCGUAACCUCCACAAGGAAGACCUUGCUGGUCACAAUGAUCCCUAUGUUGAACUCUGGUUAGACGAAGACUACAAGCAACGUUCCGAGACCGUCAAGAACACUGAAAACCCUGUAUGGAACCAAACCUUCACCUUCAACAUUGAGGAAGGUUCUUCCAAGCACAAGCUCUACUUCAAGGUCCUCGAUAAGGAUAUGAUUGGUGAAGACAAGAUUGGUGAUGGUCACUUGGAUGUCUCUGAGGCUUUCAAGGGUACUCCCAUCGAUACCUGGGCCAAGCUCCCUGCCAAGUUGGGUCUUACCAGCCAUGGUGAACUCCACUUUGACAUUGUCUUCAGACCCGAGUAA